AUGGAGAAGAAAGAGGGUCAUUUUGUUCUAGUUCAUGAAGCCUUCCAUGGAGCUUGGUGUUGGUACAAAGUGAUAGCUCAGCUUAAAUCAAUGGGCCACAAGGUUACAGCUUUGGGUGUGGCUGGUUCUGGGAUAUUCAUCGAAUUUCCGAUUACUUUGAACCAUUGGUCAACUUCAUUGAAUCGCUCCAACCUGAUUCUAGUAUGCACAGAAGCUGCCAUGAAAAUGGAAAGAUUCCCUAAAAAAUUAGCUGUUGCAGUGGCAUAA